AUGACAACUCCAUUUGAAGGUGAUGUUUAUAAGACUGGUUCAAAGCAGAUCCUGGUCACCCGAGACCCAAUCUACGUACACCCAGCCGUUACUAAACAGGGCAAUUAUAUUGGGAGACAGCCACAUGAUUACCUGCCCCUGGCUAUUUGUGUUACUGUCUUGAACCCACUUUUAGGACCAAUUGCCAUUUUGUUUGCCUUCAAAUCUUCCAAGUCGUUCACUGAUGGGGACAUUAUCUACGCCACAAAAUGGAGCAACUAUGCCUUCCUCACAAGCAUGCUUGUCAUUGUCACCAGCUGUUUGGCAUAUGUAGCUCUUGCAUUUGCUUUGUCAGGACCAGAACUAAGGGGAGGGCACUCUUACUGA